CUUUACAAUUCAUUUUCCAAAUAGUUUUAUGCUAUUCACGAUCUUUAUAAAAAGGAACUCCACCUUGAUCAACCUAUAAAGCACGCUGGUUGAAAAAGAGAGAGCCGUGUUGAACAAUUAUUUGUAGGUAAUGGAGGGAAGAAAAAGGUAUUUGUUUCUAUCUCCAUAAAGCAAACCCACCACCCUUACACAUUUAACAUACCUUUCCUCCUCCUUUAAACUCACUCUCUUCUUUCUCACCAAGUUUGGCAUCCCCCCCUUCAUCUCCUUCUUCGCUAAGAAAUUUGGUCCCUUUUCCCUCAACCCUCCCUACUACAUAUUGGGAAAGACAACCAUUGUCCUCUCCUCAUACAUAGCUCAAGAAGAGAAAAUUAAUCCCUCUGAGACAGACUAAUCAAACACCUAGAGAUACAAAACACAAAAAGACAGAGACUCAAAAGAGAGAGAACAGCAAGAUAGUGAACGAGAUGGGUGCUGACUGGGGACCGGUGGUGGUGGCGGUGGUUCUCUUCAUCCUACUCUCGCCGGGGCUGCUAUUCCAAUUGCCAGCACGAACCAGAGUGAUGGAGUUUGGAAACAUGAACACAAGUGGGAUUGCUAUUCUUGUUCAUGCUGUCAUUUACUUUUGCAUAAUCACCAUUUUGGUCAUUGCAAUUGGUAUUCACAUACAUAUCAACUAAUCCAGUAUCUUUCCCAUAAAACUGGGUUUGACUUUACCUUUUUUUUUUUUUUUUUUUUUUUGGUUAUUCACAUAUUUUCAUUAUUUUUCCCCCUCAAAUCAAAUUGACUCCUUGUUCUAA